CUCCUUUAAAUACUUUCACUUUCCUUUCUCUGUUGUUUCAUGGCAGUGCGCGAUUCUUGUCGAAGAAAGAAUUCGGGCUUUACCCACGUCGAAACGGAUACUUAUCAUUCCUGCGCGUUUCCUGUUGAACCCCGAUUCCCAGAGGAAUGUGUGAUUCCAUGGACGUCCCGGAUGAACGCCAUCUCCAGCAGAUCAACCAGAUAGCAGAGGCUCUGAGCAGCGGCGAGCGCAGGACCCUCUCCUACCUGUGCGAGUGUCUGGACUCGGACAGCAGCGUGGCCCGGGUGAAGGAGACCCUGAAAUGUAAAGUGCGGUGCCACCAGGACGCGCGUCUGCUCCUGACGGAGCUCAUGCUGCGUCUGGGGCGUUUCGACGUGCUCACAAAGUUGUACCAGAUCGACCGGAACGACGCGGAGGGAACUCUGAGGUACACACAAGCCCUGCCGGGAUUCAGAGUAUUGAUGGCUAAUAUAAGUGAGAAUCUGCUCAAAGAAGAUCUGGAUGCCAUGAAAUUUUUAUUAGGCAACACAUUAUCCCGUGAGAAAAUUGAAAAUGCAGAGAACUUCCUGGAUGUGAUCAUUGAAAUGGAGAAGUUGGAUUUGGUUUCACCUGAAAGAGUUGACUUGGUGGAGAAAUGUUUAAACAAUAUUGGCAGAAUUGAUCUGGCCAAAAAAGUGACAGCUUACAAAAUGUCAGUCCAAACACUUGGUCCAGUCUCAUCGCCACAGCAAAGUCACAGUCACAGUCAAGUUUCUCAAAGAGGUGGACAGUCUCAGUGUAUUGUCAGAGGAAACAUGGUGUCGCCUGUAGGCAGAGAGCAGAGCUCCCAGAGUUCACGAGAAUCCUACAAAUUCAACGCCAACCCUAGAGGGGUUUGUGUGAUCAUAGACUGUGUGGGUAACGAUGGAGGAAUGUUGGCAGAAACAUUCAAAGCCUUACAUUUCAACGUGACUCUCCACCAAUGGCUGAGUGUCAGUGACAUGCAUGCGGUGCUCAUAGACAUCAGCAGACAGAGAGAGAACUUCAGGGCCGAUGCUUUUGUCUGCUGCAUCAUCAGCCGCGGUGCCACAGAUCACCUCUUGGGCACUAGCGUGCACGGCAGGGGUCUGUCUAUGGCUGCUGUCAGACGUCUCUUCACCGCUGAGGCUUGUCCCUGGCUGGCUGGCAAGCCCAAGCUCUUCUUCAUCCAGAGGUACAGCGUUCUGGAGUUUGUGCCCCACGCCAGGAUGGAGUACCGGGACGAGGACCUGGAGACGGACGGCUGCGACAGUCCGUCCACAUCUAUCCCUGUAGACGCAGAUGUGUUCUGGAGUCACUGCUGGACGGAGGAACAUCAGCUGGAGAGAGAGUGCCAUCACUCCAUUUACCUGAAAGCUCUGACCGAGGCCCUCGGAAAAUCCCACAGGAGGAAAGCCUCUAUUGUCGACGUCCACACGGAGGUGAACGGGGCCAUCUUUGAACACAACAAGAGGAACCCUGCAGCAAAUUAUCACAUUGAUCUCAGACACACUCUGACAAAACAAGUUUUCUUAGACUGACACAGUUUUCACUGAAUACCUCUCAACUCUCACAGUGCAAGGUGGAGUGUGGAGCGCCUCAGAAGAACCUUAUUUUUGUGUGUAUAGUGACACCUACUGGAUGCAACCACUAAAAACACUUUUUAAGAAUAGAAGCAAGUUUGAGUUGUUUUCUGAUCUUUAACUUAUUUCACUACAGCUAGAAUAUUUUAUGUACAUUUACAUAUGAAGGAUCCAACCGGUCAGCAGAAGGGAGCAAACAUCAGUACCAUUCAAACAUCCUGUUCAUUUGCUUAUGUGCAGCUUAUUCUAUACUUUUCAGUAUUUAGUGUUGUUAUCUCACAGAGUGCAGCUAUAUUAAGACUUUAACCCUUUCAAAGUUUUCUUUUUUAACAAAUAGACAGUUCAUUUGGCCUGUUGUUUACUUUGUUGUUCUAUUGCUUAAUCACCCCUUUAUUACACAUUGAUGUGUGUUAUUCUUCAGUUUGAUUUCACUGAGAUAAUUUGGAAAUGUUCAUGCAAGUUUACUUUCAAUUUUGGAUCGAGAUGUCUUACACCUAGUUACCGGUACAUAUAUGAGAGUGACAAUAUAUGCCAUUUUUUACAAACAGUUUUUGUCUUUUUGUAUAUAUUACAAAUAAAUAUUCUUUCUAAAACAUGCCUUCAUAAACAACUUAUUUAUGUGAUUUAUUUAUUAUAUCUUUUUUAAAGUUUUUUUUUUAAUUUUUCUAAGUUUUCUAAUCUCUGAUUUAAAGUUCCUGAGGUAAAUAAUUUUUCUUUACUAAAAAAGUCAACACUGCUUUUUAUUUACAAUACAAUUUGUAACAAGCUUUUUUUUUAUGUCUUUCAUUUUUAAAAUGUAUUCUUUUUUAUACAGCAUCAAUAUUUGUCAUAUUGUGAUAAUCAAAAAUGAAUGCGUCACCUGAUGCCAAAUGUCAUUAUCUGGAACCUGUAACACCAUGAACAACUUCUUGAUUAGCUCUUAGUCAGUAUUUCUCACAAUUAUUUGUUUAGCUGCAUGACACUUGGAGACAAAUUAAAUGAAAUAUUAGAUACUAAUCUUAAUAAAACCUGGUGUCUUGU